AUGCCUGCUGUCCAGCCUCCCGCGCUUGUCCUCGUCACCGGCGUAACCGGCUUCAGCGGCAUCUGGAUCGCGCGCGCACUUCUCGAGAACGGGUACGCCGUCCGCGGCACCGUCCGCUCCGAGGCGAAGGCCGUGCACGUCGCCAACCUCUUCAAAGAGCAUGGCGACAGGUUCAAGACCGUCAUCCCCAACGCGUUCGAUAGCGCAGUCGACGAUUCGAUCGCCGCUGUGGUGCAUGUUGCCGGAGUGGCAGAGCUCAACAGCACGAACUCUUCGGGUGCGACCAAGUCUCUCCGCCGUCUCCUCGGGCGUAUAUUCACCGCUCGUCCCCGCCGGCCAGACAUCUUCGGGCCGAACACAGAUGGCGUCGUGGGCCUCCUCGAAAGCACCCGUAAACACGGCAAGAACGUGAAACGGUUCGUGUACAUGUCGUCCGCACAGGCGAUGCUGGGCAACGAGGACAUCUUCCACGUCUACACCGAGGACGACUGGGCGGACAAAGAUAUCGCCCUCGCUAAAGAGAAGGGCAGCGAGGCUGGUGGCCUCGCGCUGUACCGCGCGAGCAAGGCGCUCGCCGAACGCGCGAUUAUCAACUUCGUGGAGAAGCACAAAGGCGAGAUCGGCUGGGACGCGACGCGCAUUCUGCCUGCUUGGAUUUUCGGACCGGUCAUCCAUGAUUGGAAGACCGUCGAGGACCUCAACCUGUCCUCGAAGAUUCUGUUCGAGCAGCUCACAACCGCACGCGCAGACGACAAGGUGAACGACUACGCGUCCGAGUACGUCGACGUGCGCGACGUCGCGGACGCGUUCGUCGCCGCGCUCAAGGUCGAGGCCGCCGGCGGCAUGCGUCUCCUCCUCGACGCGGGCGCAUACACGUUCCAGAACCUCUACAACGCGGUGCACGAGGCCGCGCCGGGCCUGGAGGGCGUCGUGCGCGGGAACCCGAACGCGCCGCCGUUCGCGUUCCCGGGCGCGUUCGUCGACUCGUCGAACGCGGUGAAGGUGCUGCAGCUGAAGCCGUACCGGAGCCUCGGCGAGUGCGCCGUCGAGACGUACAAGAGCAUCAAGGCGAAGUUGUGA